GCUCCUCCCAGCCCAGACCUCCAGACCUCUGUGGAGUAGAACCUUCAGGACCCAGCUGUCUGUCUAUGAAGAGUGACCAGUCCAUGCAAUAUCCUCCAAACCUCAGUGGACCUGGACCUUCAGACACAAAAGGUCAGAACCACAGAUGGAGAGCAGAACCUCCAGGACCCAGCUGUCGGUCUAUGAAGAGUGACCGGUCCAUGAUGAAUCCUCCAGACCUCAGUGGACCUGGACCUUCAGACCCAAAGCUGUCUGCUGCCAACAAGAAGCUUCCAGAACAUCGGGAAAAGUCCAGCUGGUUGUCGGUGAUGAACAGAUGGCUGAUCAGAGGGAGGAAGAGAAGUUCUGUUGCAGAUGUUGGUCUGCAGGAGGUUCUAGAAGAACAUCGGCUCAGUCUGAGGAGCAGAUGUGAACGUGUGACUGAAGGAAGUGAUGAACCAGGAAGUAGAACCCUCCUGAACAGGAUCUACACUGAGCUCUACAUCACAGAGGGACAGAGUGAAGAGGUUAAUACCCAACAUGAGGUGAGACAGCUGGAGACCACUUCCAGGACCAAGAGGCUCCAUGAUGCUCCAAUCAGGUGCCAGGACAUCUUUAAAGCCUCACCUGAGCAACAUGGAGCCAUCAGAGUGGUUCUGACCAACGGCGUCGCUGGAGCUGGAAAAACCUUCUCAGUGCUGAAGUUCACUCUGGACUGGGCCGAGGGCUUGGAGAACCAGGAUGUCCACGUGGUGCUUCUGCUUUCCUUCAGGGAGCUGAACUUGAUCAGAGAUGAGCAGCACAGUCUUCUCACGCUGCUCCGUGUUUUCUAUCCAACAUUCCAGAAGAUCCCAGCAGAGAAGCUGGCUGUCUGGAAACUUCUCUUCAUCUUUGAUGGUCUGGAUGAAAGCAGACUUCCACUGGACUUCAGCAGCAGUCAGCUGCUUUCUGAGGUCACACAGAGGUCAUCAGUCCAGGUGCUGCUGACAAGCCUCAUCAAGGGGAACCUGCUUCCCUCGGCUCUGGUCUGGAUCACCUCCAGACCUGCAGCAGCCAAUCAGAUCCCUCCUUCAUGUGUCCACAGGGUAACAGAAGUACGAGGCUUCACUGACGCCCAGAAGGAGGACUACUUCAGGAGGAGGUUCAGUGAUGAAGAGCUGUCCAGCAGAAUCAUCUCCCACAUCAAGACCUCCAGGAGCCUCCACAUCAUGUGUGGAAUCCCAGUCUUCUGCUGGAUCACUGCUACAGUUCUGGAGAACAUGUUGACUACAGAGCAGAGAGGAGAGCUGCCCAAGACCAUGACUGACAUGUACUCACACUUCCUGCUGGUUCAGACCAAGAGGAAGAAGAACAAGUACCAUGAAGGACCUGAGACCAGUCCACAGGAGCUGAUGGAGGCUGACAGGGAGCUUCUUCUGAAGCUGGGGAGGCUGGCGUUUGAACAUCUGGAGGAAGGAAACAUCAUGUUCUACCAAGAAGACCUGGAGCAGUGUGGUCUUGAUGUCUCAGAGGCCUCGGUGUACUCAGGAGUUUGUACAGAGAUCUUCAGAAGAGAGUGUGUGAUGUUCCAGAAACCAGUCUACUGCUUUGUUCAUCUGAGCAUUCAGGAGUUUCUGGCUGCAGUCUACAUGUUCCACUGCUUCAGCAGCAGGAACACGGAGGUGGUGAAGAACUUCCUGGGAGACUACGAAGACUCACCUGAGGAGGACAUCUUAAAGAGAGUCAUGGAGAAAUCCCUCAGCAGUGAAAACGGCCACCUGGACCUGUUUGUCCGCUUCCUUCAUGGCCUCUCUCUGGAGUCCAACCAGAGACUCUUAGGAGGUCUGCUGGGUCAGACACAGAUCAGUCCAGGAACCAUCCAGAGAACCAUCAACAACCUGAAGGAGAUGAACAGUGAUAAAGUCUCUCCAGACAGAAGCAUCAACAUCUUCCACUGUCUGAUGGAGAUGAAGGACCUCUCAGUUUAUCAGGAGGUCCUAAACUUCCUGAAGUCAGAGAACAUAUCAGACGAACUCUCAGAGAUCCAGUGUUCAGCUCUGGCCUACAUGCUGCUGAUGUCAGAGGAGGUUCUGGAUGAGUUGGACCUGCAGAAGUACAGAACAUCACCAGGGGGACGACUGAGACUGAUUCCAGCUGUGAGGAACUGCAGAAAGUUCAGGUGAGUCCAGAUGUUGUGAUGAUGAUC